AUGGACUACACCCAAAAACAAGAAGCGACCAGUAGCUGCAGCCCAUCCACGUCGCAUACCGAAGAACACCUCUCCGCUCCGGGAUCUUCCACGGAACUUAAAGUCCUACGCUCGAGCGCAAGGGUGAAGGCCGCCAAACAGAAGGAGAAAGAGAAAGCACUUACUUCCGCAGAGCAGGCUUCAUCCUCAUCUUCACCGGUCAAACGUGCCCGCGAGACCUCUGCAGCCAAGGGUAAGGGAAAGGAAGUAUCUGAAGAAUCGUCCCGAGCGAGCAAGAGAGCACGUCGUUCCACCUAUCCUGCCACCCCUUCACUGACCAUUAACGAACCAACAAGAGAUACUAAGGGGAAGAAGCGUGCGGCUCCCGAGAGUCAAUCCGAAGGAGAGGAGAACGUCGCUUCAUCGUCCACUUCGACCAAGCGACUGAGAACCACUACAAGCGCAUAUUCUCUACGAUCCAGAGUGGAAGUUCAGACCCCAGAAAUGACAAAGAAGAGCAGGUCAUCGUCUGGGAAAGGCAAGUCGGCCGCAAAAACCAAAACGAUGGUUACCGCAGCCAGCUCGUCUAGACGAGAAGGGGAAGGCAUCGAUAUGGUUGACGCUGAGUGCUUGCCGAAUGAGUUGAAUCCAUCCGACGAAAAAUGCGACAAAGCAAACGACCGGGGAUUGGACGAAAGUAUCGAAGAGGUCAAGGGCGAUGGCGGGGACGACGACGACGACGACGACGAUGACGAUGACGACGAUGAGCCGCAAGAUGAGGACAGUAUAGAGCUGCCAAAAGCACCUACUGGCGGCUUAGACGAGUCGACGGCGAUGGCAAUCUUUGGAGAUUACCGCCAGAUAGGAUCAUAUAUGAUGGGUCUCUCCAGCCGUCUCAAGACUAUGCUCAACAAUAUCAAAUCCACUGCGGAUCCGACGACACGGCUAGUAACGCUUCAGGAGCUGAGUGAACUUCUGAGUAUCAGUACAGAAGACACAUUGGCAGGUUCUUUCCAAGUUGAAUCAUUUACUCGUGAACUAGUCCGAAUCCUAGGCGGAACUGGCGGUGACCCUGAUGAAGGCGAUGACGAUGAGGCGCAAGAGCCCGAUGAAGAUGCCGCUCUUGCUGCGGCGCUAGCUAUGAGUACAGGUGGCAAUCCAUAUCAAGGUGACGAGAAUUUGGAAGCGCAAGUUCUUGCUUGUAGAUGCCUCGCCAAUUUGAUGGAGGCCUUACCUGGUGUUGCGCACACUGUUGUCUACCACGGUGCCAUUCCUGUUCUGUGCAGCAAACUAAUUGAGAUUUCCUAUAUUGAUUUAGCCGAGCAGACGCUCAGCACACUGGAAAAGAUAUCAGAAGAAUUCCCUAGUUCAAUUGUCCGAGAAGGUGGCUUGGCAGCUCUAUUGAAUUAUUUGGAUUUCUUUUCCAUCGCCGUGCAAAGAACUGCUCUACAAGCUGCGUCGAACUGCUGUCGUAACGUUGCCUCCGAGCAUUUUCCCAUGAUCCAAGCUGUCUGGCCAAUUAUUCGAAACUGCCUUGGGUACGCCGAUCAACGCCUUGUCGAAUUUGCCUGCCUUUGCGUUAUCCGCGUAAUUGAUUCAUAUUACCGCGCCGCUUCUGACAAGUUGGAAGCCCUGGUUGAUAUUGAGCUUAUAAGAGCUGUUAAUCUUCUUCUCCUUCCGUCAGGUGGGUCACCAUUAAUUGUAGCAAGUACUUUUACUUUGUUGCUACGGGCCUUGGCGACCGCCGCUCGUGCAAGUUCGAAGAUUACGCUUGUAUUGCUGGAGGCUGGUAUUGUCGACACACUCUAUCAAAUCUUGACGGGCGUUCUACCGCCAGUGUCUGAAGGAGGACAGGAGCAAGGCAAUGCUGCAGGUGGUCAAGGCCUUGGAGGCGGCCUCGCUGACAUGACUGUCAUGGAGAACUUGGCACACCGGCCUAAGGAUCAAGUAGAAGAGGCUUUAAGCCUUGUUUCCGAGCUUAUGCCCCCACUGCCGAGAGAUGGCGUCUUUGAUCACAAAUCAUAUACUGAGAAGGCACUAGGACGGCUUGUCAGAGCGAGACAUCGGGCUGCGCGGCAAGCGGUAGUUGCAGCUGCCAACGUGUCAGAACCUCUUAUAGAAGGUCUAACUCCGCUGUCUGCCUCUGCUCUAGUACCAGACGACGCUGGGGCUAUGGACGCAAAUGCAAAUGACAGUCAGUCCGCUCCAGAUGGCGAUGACGCACCGCCUCCGGUUCCGGCGAAGGAGACGGGUGUCGAUCGUACAGAGUUGUUGCGCUCGAAGCCCGACGUGGUUGGACGCUUCCUCCAUCUUCUAGUGCCAAUUUUGGUUGAUGUAUAUGCUGCGAGUGUGAUUAUGCCAGUGAGGGUCAAGACCUUAACGGGCCUUUUGAAAGCAGUCAGCUUUCUCGACGGAGAAGAGCUCAAGCGUGUAUUCACUUUUGUACCUGUCGCCAGUUUUGCAUCCUCAAUUCUUUCUUCCAAGGAUCAUCCCACUCUGGUAAUUGGCGCGCUGCAGUUGGUUGACAUCCUCCUGAGCAAGGUCCCAGGAGAGUACAAGCCUGUCUUCAGGCGUGAGGGAGUCCUUCACGAGAUUGAGAUGUUGGCGUCCCGUGGCGUCUCAUCAAAAUCGAAACAUGAGAAGGAGAAAGACAAGGAGCUCCUGGACUUGCCUUCGGCAGUGGUCCUUACUUCUUCCUCCGUGCCGAUUUCUGCCGCAAUGGCAGGUGUCAUUUCCGGGUACAAGAAAUCCUCGUCCUUGUCCCUUGAACCCGACGAUGCCAUUACCCUUCGCGCUCGAGUGAUCCGCUUCAAGUAUCUUGAAGCUGAAGAGGACGCUGACUCAAAUGAUACAUUCACUUCACUUCGUCGAUUGGUGGAGGUGUUGGCCGAUCAAUUAACAUCGGAGAAGGAUCUCACUAGUGCUCUUGGAGAGUUGGCUGGGCUCUUCGCAUCGCCUCAUUCAUCGGUGUCCAGCUUCGAGCUACUGCAAAGCGGGCUGGUAGAUGGUCUACUCCGCUUCGUAACAGAUGAAGGCUGGUCUAGUUUGAGUCUAACUCACCGACAAGAUAUGUUGUUCUCCGCUCUGAUCACCUUGAAAGGAAGUGGCUCCCUCAAUGGACAAACACCGUUGGCGGUAUUCGUCAAGAAGCUGCAAGAGAGCUUGACAAGAAUGGAGUCGUUUGAAGUCGUCACAGUGGCGCAAAGUUCAGAUGACUCGAAGAGAAGUUCUCCGUCCUUGCUGGCUCGACAGCUGCGGUUGCGUCUUAUUGCUGCGGAAGAUUCGGAUGUUCCCAAGAGCAUCAGCAAUAUCGUUGUAUCCAUUCAUGCUAUCGCAACUUUCCAAGCGCUGCACGACUACCUACGACCAAGGGUGUCGGGGUCGUUGCCGGGCACCUCGCGAUUUACCACCAUGCUUGCUGCACUGGCAGCGUCUGGGCUAGCCCCUCCCUCUGCCCCAUCCUCUGAAGAGCCGUCUAAGGCUCCUUCACGUCCUGCUGUGGAAGCCGAGGCGUCGUCUACUGUUGCUCGUCGGCGUAGUAUGCGUCUGAGCGCAAAGAGAUCUGUUCCCUUGAACAGUGGUACGGCCGAGACGGUGCAGGCAUCAGAAGCACAAGGUGAAACCUCUCACGAAGGAGCGUCGACGGCCGCUGCAACUUCAGAAACGGGCGCGGUACCUGCUUCUUCUUCGGCCCCAGAUAGCACCUCCAGUGGUACCACAAUGCACGAGGCAGAGUAUGCCGCAGAAUUUACUGAUGAUGAGAUUGAUGUUGACGCUGAGGUUGUGGAUGAUGAGGACGACCAGGAGAACCCAGACGCCGAUAAGACAAUUAAUGUCUCAAUUGACGAAGAUGGCUCAAAAGUUGAGGCACAAACUCCUGAUGGCACGAGGGUGUCUACACCAGCUUCAGCAAAGAGUCGCCAUACAGCGCCCAUCUCACGUUCAUCAGCAUUACCUGCCGGUUCGUAUGCAGCUGCAGUCAAAACAAAGCCCAGCGAUUGGCACCUGGAGUUUUUUAUGGACGACCACAAACUUCCCUUGGAUCUCACUAUCUACGGUGCUAUCCACCAGCACGAGCUACGCAAGAAGUCUGGGUCAACACUGGCGCCCAGCAUGAUUUGGCAGGGAAUUUAUAGUGUGAAGUUCAAGAAGGUCCUAGGCCCAGCUCCGACGACUGAAUCUCGCGGCGAUGAGAUUGGAUCUAGGAGCCGCUCACCAGGCCCGACGCUAUCAUCAGUUCCAGAGGAUGCCCCGUAUGGGAAGAUUCUCCGCCUCCUUCGCGUCUUGUAUAAGCUUAACGCUCAAGCAAAUGAUAGACCGACGAUUCCUGGAUCCCGAGUGGUCUUACCCGAGUCUGCGUUCGUCAACAAUAAGCUCUCGGCUAAAUUGACAAGACAGUUGGAAGAACCGAUGAUCGUGGCGAGUUCUUGUCUUCCCGAUUGGGCAUUGGAUCUUCCACAGCACUUUCCAUUCCUGUUCCCCUUUGCCACUCGCUACAAUUUCUUGCAGUCCACAUCGUUUGGGUACGCCCGGUUGAUAUUGAAGUGGCAGAGUCAACAGACGCGAGGACAAGACAGUUCUAGGCGAGACGAUGGCGUUGGCUUCCUGGGUCGCUUGCAACGACAGAAAGUCCGGAUAUCCCGUCAGCAUAUCUUGGAAUCCGCCGUUAAAGUCUUUGAGCUCUACGGAUCGUCAUCUUCGAUUCUGGAAGUGGAGUAUUUUGAGGAAGUGGGAACCGGGUUGGGUCCGACCCUCGAAUUUUACUCCCUUGUAUCCAAAGAGUUCGCCAGGAAGGACUUGAAAAUCUGGAGAGAUGCGGAUCCGCUCUUGUCCUCGCCUUUUGUCCAUCACCCCCUAGGCUUGUUCCCGGCUCCCAUAAGUUCAAGCAAUGUGACCAACGAAUUGGGCCAGACUCAUAUCUUCCGCGUCAUUGGACAAUUUGUGGCAAAGGCUCUGUUGGAUUCUCGCAUCAUCGACUUGACAUUGAACAAAGUGUUCCUCAAACUCAUUCUUGGCGACGAGGUGCCUUUGACUAUUGACAAUCUUAGACGUGUCGAUCCAGAUCUGGCGGCCUCUCUUGGACAAGUUCAAAGCUUUGCGUCUAUUAAUCAGAAUGAGAAGAUUCGUCGAAAGCUUGGCAUGAUUGAGAACGUCUCAAUCGAAGAUCUUGCCUUGGAUUUCACCCUACCGGGCUAUGAUAUCGAGUUAAGACCUGGCGGCCGAGACAUGCCGGUCACAUCGCAGAAUAUAGACCAAUACAUACACGAAGUCCUCGACGCCAUCUUGGGUAAAGGCGCACAGGCUCAAGCGAAGGCGUUCCGGGAGGGAUUUUCAAAAGUGUUCCCAAUUUCUGAUCUUCAGGCAUUUACCACCGACGAACUUGCAAUGCUGUUCGGAAACGCGGAUGAAGAUUGGAGUCUUGAAACCUUAAGCGAAGCUUUGAAAGCUGAUCAUGGGUUCAAUGUCGAAAGUCGUGCCAUACGCAAUCUCCUGGAGAUCAUGGCUGAGUUCGACACUCAGACCCGUAGGAGCUACUUGCAAUUUAUCACCGGUAGCCCUAGGUUACCUAUCGGCGGUUUCCGUGGUCUCAACCCCGCACUCACCGUCGUGCGCAAGCCGCACGAAGCACCUCUGACUGCAGACGACUAUCUCCCGAGCGUGAUGACAUGCGUUAACUAUCUCAAACUUCCAGAUUACUCGUCGAAAAGUGUAAUGAGAGAGAAGUUGCAGACCGCGAUGCAUGAAGGUGUUGGGAGUUUCCACUUAUCAUAA